CAAGCAAAUUGAUAGGUGUUGAGACUUGAGAGAGAGAAUUGUUAUAAUGGAAAGAGUGUUAAUUAAGUUGUCAUUUUGGGUUGUAUUAGUUUUGGUUCAAACAUCUAGAUUCAAUAGUUGUUUGGAGAAUGAGAGGAUUGGUCUGUUAGAUUUAAAGUCCUUCAUAAAAGAAGUCAGUGAUUUUGAAACGGAAAAAAUUCUUGUUUCAUGGGUUGAUGAUAAAAUGUCUAAUUGUUGUGAUUGGGAGGGAGUUCAAUGCAACGCCACUACUGGACAUGUCAUCAAACUUUCCUUUAAUGAUACAAGGCAAUUUAGUCAUGAAUAUUAUUCUCUUGAUAGACUUCCAACUCUAAAUUUAUCCUUGUUUCAUCCUUUUGGAGAGUUGAAAAGUCUUAAUUUAUCUUUCAAUUACUUUAGAGAUUGGCAUGAGAAUAAAGCAUAUGAUGGCUUCAGGUGUUUGAAACAACUCAAGAUCUUGGAUCUUAGUUACAAUUACUUCAACACCACUCUUUUACCAUACUUGAAUAACCUAACUUCACUUACCACUUUGGAUCUUAGUUUCAAUAAUAUGGGAGAAGGUUUGAAAUCAGCCAAACAAGGUUUAGCAAAUUUGACAAACCUAAAAGUAUUAAAUCUCUAUGGUAAUCAAACAACAACUCUCUACAAGCCUAGGAUUAAAAAUGUUGAGAAACUUGCAGAGUUGGAUUGA